CAGCACAUAUUAUGUUUUUCACCCUACACUUACUAAGUAGUACUUAUUAGUAGCUCAGAACAUAGACUCUGUAGUAAAAUUUCUGGACUGGAAGCCUCAGCAUUCUGAUUUCUUCACAUGCUGAAUGAGUGUAGUGAAACUGUGCCAUUCAGUGAGGGAACGUGUAGCAAGCACUUCACGUGUAGUAAAUCAUGUCUAUAAAUGUGCUUACUGUGUUAACAGUCUGCUCGUGAGGAGUAGAAAGAUGUGGGCCUUGUCCUCUUUGAGAUUACUUACUGUUGAGAGAACCAUUACAGAAUUAUGUAAUUAUUUAAUUACAUAUGCAAUAAAUUGUUCAAAACCUUCAAGGCUGCAGCAGAGGAACACGGAUGUCAUUUUUCCUUACUUCAGGGGCUUUCAGUGUGACAUUUUCCUCCAUGGAAAGCAGUUGGCUAAAAUUCAAAAGCUUGAAGCAAAACAAAAAACAAAACUCAUAAAAGCCCUAAGCAGAAAGGAAACUGGCUUUUUAGAGGAACUAAGCAGGGGAGUGUGGCUGGGCUGGGAAGGUGCGAGUGAGAGGGAGUGAAAUGAGGUGUACAGCAGAGGCAGAGGCUGCUCUCCUUGAAAUCAGGCCAUGGGAUUUAGCAUCUGUUUCCAUCAAGAGGAAGCUAUUGGAGCGUUUAGAACGGGAACAGUGCAGUGCAGCUCUUGCCUUAGAGAAGCAAUAGUGGUAGAAUUUCAUAAGAAGAUCAAAGACGCCUUUGAAGUGUUUGACCAUGAAACGAAUAAUACAGUAGAUGUGAGAGAGAUUGGGACAAUUAUCAGGUCACUGGGAUGCUGCCCUACUGAAGGAGAGCUACACGAUUUCAUUGCAGAGGUAGAGGAAGAGGAACCAACUGGAUACAUUCGAUAUGAAAAAUUUCUUCCAGUGAUGACCAGAGUACUUCUGGAAAGAAAAUACAGGCCAAUUGCUGAAGAUGUCCUUCUUAGAGCUUUUGAGGUUUUGGAUCCAGCUAAACGAGGAAUUCUGACUAAGGAAGAGCUGGUCAAGUACAUGACCGAGGAAGGUGAGCCUUUUUCUCAAGAGGAAAUGGAAGAAAUGAUAUCUGCUGCAAUUGAUCCUGAAUCAAAUUCCAUCAAUUACAGGGACUACAUAACAAUGAUGGUGAUAGAUGAAAAUUAAAUGCUCCAAAGACUUAA